CCGAAGUCCCAUCGUGCGUCUCGGUACGCUCUCUGCGGUGUUUAGGGACUGAGUUCUGCCCGGGAGACGCCGCCAUGACGGACCGGUACACCAUCCACAGCCAGCUGGAGCACCUGCAGUCCAAGUACAUCGGCACGGGCCACGCCGACACCACCAAGUGGGAAUGGCUGGUGAACCAGCACCGCGACUCGUACUGCUCCUACAUGGGCCACUUCGACCUCCUCAACUACUUCGCCAUCGCCGAGAACGAGAGCAAAGCGCGCGUGCGCUUCAACCUGAUGGAGAAGAUGCUGCAGCCGUGCGGGCCGCCGGCGGACAAGCCCGAGGAGAACUAGCCCCCGCGCAUCCCCGUCUCCUCCCCUCCCCCCCUCCCCCGCCUGACGAUGGGCGGCUCUCUGAUAACGGGGCGCGCGGUGAGAAUUGGGCCCCGUUGGACUGGGACCCGCCGUGGCCCCGCACCCGCAGCCGCGUACUCUGUGCCGGGGUCUGGGACUGUGGGUCAUUGACUUAGCCGUGCCUACGAACCGGCCCGAAGAGGGGAGGAGGAACGCGGGACUCGUGUCACCCCCCCCACUCCCCCUUGUGCGUUGUCUCGGCAGAACGGCUCUGACGGGUAAAGGAGGGGAGGAGACCUCUGCAGACCAAAAGCCCCCUAGAAACUGCCGAUUUCGCACUUGGAGAGACUUUAGAUCUUUUAUAAUAUGGGACGUUAGUUCAUGAACCUGUGUUUAAAGUACCUUUGAUAUCGUAUUUCAAUAUAAUUGGUUUUCUUCUGUA